AUCGUCUGCCGUGAAAAAAUAUUUUAAGAUGAUGCGUGGUGGGUGUGACGUAGCAAAGAACCAAAGAAAAGACAUUGUAGAUAUUUAUUAAGUGAAUAAGAGAGGGAUAUUGGAAAGAAAAAAAAAAACAUAGUGAAUAUUAAAUAAGAAACUGAGAAUGUCCUGUUAUACACUGCCUGCCAAAGUAGUCGAAAGUUGGAAUAAAGAAGAAAAAUUGUCUUGUCCAGAUGACUUUCUCACGAGGCCUGAGUCUGAUUUUGGGUUUGCAAGAUUCUUACAAGAUGGAGUAAUGGCCGCCACUCUCUGUGGGUCCCCUAUGUACAUGGCUCCUGAAGUCAUUAUGUCGCUGCAGUACGAUGCCAAAGCUGACCUUUGGUCACUCGGAACAAUAGUAUUCCAAUGCCUGACCGGAAAGGCACCAUUUCAAGCCCAGACGCCACAGGCUUUAAAACAGUUUUAUGAAAAGAAUGCAAAUUUAGCUCCAAGAAUACCUUCUGGUACAUCACCAGAGUUAGUAGAUCUCCUGAUGGGAUUGCUGAAGAGAAAUGCUAAAGACAGGAUGGAGUUUGAAACCUUCUUCAAUCAUCCCUUCAUCCGCAUGGUAGAUUCUUCAGCACAGAAACCUUCCGUAGCAACUGGCUCUCCGUCUGUGCCUGUACGUUCGCCCUCACCUGCCCCCGCAACUACGCCCAAGCCCGUCAGUCGUGGAGGGGCAUAUGCCCAUCAUACACAACCUUCCCCCAGUCCUCCAGUUGGUUUCUGCAAAACAGGUAACCUUCCACCAUCUCCUGAGGAACUUCGUAUGAGUGUUGAUCAACGUAGUGCCGGCGACUUACCCCCAGCCUCCCCAGCUAGUGCCACCACCACUCUUCCCAGACCUACCCCAGUGCCCAGAGCAAACAAUGCUCCAGCCCCAGAAGAGGCUGAGGACUUUGUGAUGGUGCCAGUUCAACUGCCAAGUGAGCCUGAACCUUCUAGAGGUGCACAAGGAUGGGGUGGUCGAGCAUUAUCCAAGGCAGGAGGAGGUAUUAUGUACCAGAAAAACCAACCCCAGUAUGGCCCUCUAACUCCCCAGGUGCCCACAUCACCCCGGCCCUCACACCUCCCAGUGCAAGGUGGAAGCAGUGGCAGCACACACUCGAGCAGCAGUAGUGAGUCGUGCCGGUCUGGAGAGCCUGUUCCUGUGCCAUCUCAGAGAGCCACCUUCCACCAGAUGACCUCCUCAGGAUCUUCAGACCAAAUAUCUGCCACACUGCAACCUGAAUCUCCCAGACACCAUGGUAUUCCUACUAACAGACCAUCACCACCACCUCGUUCGCAGCCCAUCAACAUGCGGAGGGUGUCUGAUCAUAGAGCCCCUGAUGUUGCUUCCUUGUCUCCACCAGCUGUCCAGUUCACAAUAGGCACACCUCCUAUGGGUGGGCGCCGGAGAUCCACAUCAGGAAGCUCCUACUCCACUACACCUCCAACCACUGCUGCUGCCACAGGUAACAACCAGGUGGUCCCAGGUGGGCGCCUCACUCCCACCAACUCUCCUUUGCGCCAGUCUGGACGACGUACACCUCCCCACUUGCCUCCCCAAAUGUUCUCAGCUCCCCCUGUGCUGCCCCCCAUCCUGGGCUCUCCCACAAAACUAGGGCUUGGUCAGGAUAACCCUGCUGGCGACAUCUGUGGCAACACCACCCUCACUGCCCCGCACCGUGCUAUUACACUUCCUGAAAUGACCUCUGUAUCACGUGACCCCUUUACUGUUCCAGUUCUCCACAAGAUCUUACCGUUUGGUAUGCCUUCAGGAGGGUCCCAAGAUAUGAGUGUAGAUGGCAGUGGACUCCAGCGAUCCCGCACAGAGUCACACCUCCUGGAGUGGCAGGCACAGGCACCCAGUCCACCACAUCCUGGUAGACAGCUGGUUCAGUAUGGUCAGUCUGCACCAGCUUUUCUCUUGCAAGGGACAGCCCAGGCAGAGGGAGAUGACACUGUUGCCUUCUAUGCUCCACCUUUGCACCAGGAAACCCUUAUGGAGCGAGAGCACAAUGAGACACUGGCCAAGCUGAACUUCGUUUUGGCCUUGGUUGAUUGUAUCCUUGAAUUGGCUCGCUCUCGAGCAGCACCUAUCACUGCCUUACGACAGAAUGCAGCUAUGAGAGAUUCUGUUUCAGGUUCACCAAAAGACACAGAAGGUUCAGCACUAGCAUCACCACCCCCAGAGUGGCAGCGUCGUGCAGAGCAGCUUGUGCUGUAUGUCCGGGCUUUGCAACUGCUCUCCUCAGCGCUCACCCUUGCAAAACACGAGAAGAGCACAAGUAGACUUCAGCCAUCUAAUGCCGUAAAGAAUGUCGUGGGUGUGCUGAGCGAACGUUUCCGCCAAGCCCUGGGUGUGUGCAAGGAGCUGAAUAGUGCUGGAGCAAUUACUUCAGUAGAUCCAAGAACAUCUACUGUUACUGCUGAUAAACUUAUUUAUAAUUAUGCUAUUGAAAUGUGUCAAAGUGCUGCCUUGGAUGAACUGUUUGGAAAGCCCGAGGAGUGUUUCCGCCGCUAUCAGACUGCACAAAUCCUCCUCCACGCCUUGGCUCAGCAAGUGGCUCACGAGUCAGACCGCUCACUACUGACACGCUACAAACAGGCCGUGGAAAGACGAUUAUUUCUCCUUCACGAACAAGGUGUAGUUCAUGCGUACACCACAAAUGAAGCGUAGGCACAGGAGAAAGGUUAAGAGAAGUGGUGUGCGUAUGCCCUAGUUAAUUAUUAAGAAAUGGUUCAUUUCUUUUUGAGUUUAGAACUGGGACUUUGUAUUGCUAUACAAAUGUUUGAAUUCCUUUUUUUUUUUUUUUCAAGAGGAAUUAACCCAUAAAGUUGAAGUUCAUAGCAUUUUCUAGAAAUGGAUUGGGGAAGUGAAACAGAGGUGAUCAGACAUUCAUUCAUUGUGAUCAUAGACCAUUAAAAGGCUUCAUACUUACCAUGCUCAAUCUUAUUGGUGAUGAAUAUUUGGAAGACACACUAAAAUCCAAUUGAAGCUCACUGUCAGGGUGAAGGAAUUUUAUUGUUGAUAUUUGAUUAUGAUUGGGUUACAGUUAUGAUCAUCCUCCCUAACUGAUUAUCAUUGAAAAAAUAAGAAUGCAAGCAUUAGAGGGUGGGCAUAAGGUUUAUCCUAUUAUCCCCCCCCCCCUCACAAACACACACACACACACCUCUAUCCCCCCUCAUACAAACCUCCCCUCCCCUCCAACACACAUGUACAUACAUAUGUUCACACAUAUUCAUUCAUACCUUAAUAGUUUUUCAUUUGGAAUAUGAAAGCAUGCUCUGAUCUCCACAUCGGUAUGGUGUGCAUGUAUAUAAACUGAAAUUUGUAUUUUAGUUUGUCUGCAUUUCACUGUCUCAAUCACCGAGCAUGUCACAUGCCAAUGUUGGAGGCAAGUGUGGAAGAAAUCUUGAGAUUCUAACAGCAAUGUGACCCUAGAGGAAAAAAAAGUCAGAGCAUCCAGAGAAGAAGAAGAAAAAGUCAUAGCAUCCAGAAAUGUGAUCUUCCUUUGUGGUCUGUCAGUUUUUCAAAAUAGUAUUUUUUUCACCUUUUUUUUUCUACUUCGCUUGGAAUGAAAAUGUUUGUAAAUGAAGGUAGUAAAUAGGGCAGUGCAACUAAUCAUGCCUCAUGUAAUUAGCAAUGUUCUAUGUGCUUUAUAUAUAUAUACACACAUAUAUACAUAUAUGAAUAUUACUCCUCAAGCAAGCUCUGGUUGGAGAUGUUAUACAUGUUUUUAUUAACAACCAAUUCCUCUGUGUUUGUAGCCUUGUUCUAAACAGCAGUUAUCGGCCUGAGAAGAUCAUGGUACAAAUUUUUUUCCCCAUAGCAACACAUUACUACCAAAAAAUUUGUGGACCUCCCUAGUGUUUGUUCAAGUAGCAUGCAGAACUGUUCGUCAAUCAUUUAUAAAUUGGGAACGUACUUCUUACAGCAUGGUCAAUUCAGUAUUUACAGUUGCUUGUUGAGAAUAAUGUUUUGUGGAGUAAUUGAUGUGUGGGAGAUUAUAGGGCACAUUAUAACUGGUUUUCAAGGGAACAGUCAUUCUGUAUGGAUGCCAUCUUCUGGUAAUGCUUCACUGUUACAGCAUACGUAGCACAGACAGUCAGUAGAUAUACUUUUUUUUUUUUUCUUUCUUUCUUUUUCUUUUUUACAAAUACUAAAAAGGAAUAAAAAAAAUGGCAACCAGAGGUUAUAUGUGGGCAGUGUUUUCCUCUUCAAACAUGUGAAAUAGUUGAGCAGAUAGUGUAGCCAUUCACUGUUCUGACAUUGGGAAGUGUUGUGUGAAUCAAGUGCUUGCAAAUAACUUUACAAUACUCCUGAUAUCGUGCUCAGUUUAGUCUGCCAUUUUGGGUCAGCCUCAUGGCCUGUGUUUGAGUGUUCCAUUUUCUCAUGGAAUUGGAAUUAUUACCAGAAGUUUGUAUUUUUUUUUCUCUUUCAUUUGAAUUUGGUGACUGUAUAUAUUUUUUAUUUCAAUUAUGCUAUUGUUGGUAGAAGUAGCAUUGUAUACUUAUUGAUAUAUGCAAAGAAAGUGGCAGUAAAGGACUUGGCCUUUGCAGUACUUGAUUUGUACUGCUAGCAGAGGUGUAGUUGACUAUUUAUAUUUGUUACAAGCAAAAAAAUACAAAAUACAAAAUAAAAAUAAUUUCCAGUUUAGUAUAGAUCAAGAAUUUGAAAUGCUGUAGAGUAUAGUUAUGAUUUUUCUUACGUUUCAAGUAAACUGAUUGGAAAGGGAAAAAAAAAGAAACUAUUUUGUUUAGCUUGUCUCAAUACAGUGUUUUCCUAAUUGAGAAGGCAUGCAAGUAUCCUGACCUUGUCUAUACCCGGUUACUCUAAUUACUUAACAAACUUCACAAUGUUUUGCCUUUUUUCUUUUGUCUUUCAUAUCUUAUAACAAUUACUCAGGAAAAAAUAGCUUAAGAUUUGAUUGCCACAAAGUUUUUGUUCUGUGAGUGUGUGUGUGUGUGUUUUUUAAAUCAGUUUGUUUCUCCUUUUUGUAGGACUUGCUUGCAGAGCUUGUUUAAGUUUUUAUUUUUAUCUUUUUGUUUACAUAUGAUAUGAUGAUCUUGUAUAUGAGGGAUGUACUUAUUCAAAAAUGGAACACUAACUUCCCACCUCAACUCAACAGUCUAUGCAGUGAUAGUCAGUAAGAUCCUGCUCAGACUGUAGUUAUGUAUGACUGUGGAAAUUCGAGCCACCGUAUAAUAAAUUCCGGCUCAGAUUAGGUUUCAUGUUAUACAUUGGGUUUAACCAUAUUUUUGUUAGGGUCAGGAAAAUGUUUAAGAAAAUGUAUCUCUGAUAUUGCAUGAUUCCAUUAUAUAACUAUCUACCACGUUUAUGGAGUUGUUAUUAAGUAAGGGAAAGCGGUCUUUUACAGUGAUACAGUGACUUUUUUUUAUUUCAAAGCGAUGGAAAUCAUGCCCCCUGUGGUUAUUUUCUUUUUUUUGUCUAGUCGUACAACACGAACCCUGUGGCAGAAUAAGCUCCAGUUCAAUUGGAAUCUUUGAGAAAUAAUAAUCCAGUAAAGAUGCUGGUCAUAUUAAUAAGGCUUAAUAAAAUCUCAAAUGAUAAGUGGUAAAUUGGAUGCAGGACAUAGAGAAUAUAUGAAGAUACAAUGGAAAUGCCUGCAGCUAUAGCCAUAUACACGCGUAUGACAUACAUAACUCUUUCACACAUGUACACUCAUGCUUACACCCUUACAUUAUGUAUUUGUGCAUUGAUUUGUUUAAAAGUGUGUAAAUUACACAGUCAGUAUUUUUUUUUUUUUCUUCCUCUAAGGAUGUAAUCCACUUCUGGUAAGAAUAUUUUAAGUUUAUAAUUUGUUUAACACUUUCUAGUCGAUUAAUUUGCGUGUGGGCAUUUUGGGUGGGUAUGCAUAUUUGUCCUGGUGUCAUCCACUUAUAGACACUAUAGUUCUGUCAGUCCAUAUCAUAAUUCAAGGGAUAUCUUGUAUAUCCUUCAAGAUCUCGCACUUAGUUCUUAGUCUGUUGUUGACCUUUUAAAUAAGGAAUGUGAGGCAACUGUCAAGAGCCAAGAGUUGUCGUGAUAGUGCAUUUCUGAUAAACAAUGCAUAGUUAGGUUUUGAUAAUUUGUUUGGCAGUUCUGUUGGUUAUUUGAAGACUGAAGUUUUCUAACAUGACUGAGUUACAUAUAUAUGUGUCAUUUCUCAUUGGAUGUUGAACUUCACAGUUCCUGUUAUCAUUCUAUCAUAAACAUACUUCUUCAUGUGACUGCAGUCUUGGACAAAUUCCCAUCUCACAAGACAGGCCAAUGCCACCAUGCUUAAUAGAUUUAUGAUUUAAGCAGUGACAUUGGCCAUUGCCUUGGCGCCUGCCAACCACAGCAUCUGUGAUCUGUUUGUUUUUACGUUAGUGAGAUUUUUUACAAGGUGACUCAUUGCAUUACUGUAAGAGCUGCAAGAGCGAAAUAUUGCAUAACACUGUGUAUAGGAGAUACGCAUUUCUCAUUACAAUGCUGCUAUGUAUGUGUUUAUUUCUGUGCUUUUUAUUUAAUUCUUGAAUACAUGAGGAUAAGUUGGAUAGUCAGUGUGAUGGCUGACUAAUCAGCUAGAGGAUGUGAGGAUGCAAGUGGUGCAUGGGUGAACUCUGCUGGGGCAGCUGAUAGUCCCCAGUUCUAGACAGUAGUUGUUUGUUAAUACAGAGUUUGACCCAGGCUCUGUAAUAGAGUGUUGGCACACUGCAGUAUUACAAGACCCUGAAAAGGAUAUUCUUACAAAUUCUGUAAGAUUUGAAAAGGAUUGGCUUAUUUGUGUUUGGUCAAACAUGAACUGAUAUGAAGUCAGCUGUUCCUGUUUUGCCAAUUGCAAAUUGUGCCUAUAAUUGUACAGAUUAUAGUUGAAAAAAAAAUCUUAUUUUAAAAAUUAUAAAAAAUAUCAAAACAUUAAAAAAACAUAGUAUGUUUUACUGCUGUAGUGGCAGGGCAUAAUGCAGGUCCUGUAAUACACUAGAUGCCUUUAUGUACAUGUGAAGCAGAUAAAACAGCAUUGUGUAGAGUAUGGUAUGUAAAGUGGGCAGUUUCUUUGUGGUAUGACCCUCUCUUUAGUUGCCUCCAGUCAUAUGCAAACGAACAAAUGUUAGCUUGUGACAAGAGUAGAUAGGGCUGUUUAUUGUUAGAGAGGUUAUACUUGUACAGAAAUGGCUCCACAACCUGUUUGUGUACAUAUAUGAUGAUGAUACAGGUAACAUUAUUUACUCUUGCAACUAGUACAAUGCCCUGCAAGGGCUGUCAUUUUAUAUUCUUACUAUAAACACAAUAGAGCAAAAGAAAAGUCAAAUAAAAAAGAAAGUCA